AUUCUCUUUCCUUCUUCAUCAACACAAUCAUUUCAUUGGUAUAUUUUGGGACAAUUAUUUCUAUACCCAUAACAAAACAACAGCAAAAACAAGGUAAGAAAACAAAAACUCUGGAUCAAAUUCCAUUAUCAGAAGAAAGACCCAAAUAGCUGGUUGGGUCGGGUUCGGGUUCUUGGAUCCGCUUCUGGUUCAACCGUUGUUGUUGUGGUGAUUGUGGUGGUGAUUCUUCUUCCUGAAUCUUCUCAACCGUGUUAGAAAAUUUGGUCAUUUACAGUAUUGGUGUUCAUAAAGUGAGGUCUGAGAAUGGCUGGGAUUGAUGAUAAUGUUGCCCUUACUGGGGAUUGGGGUCUUCCUAGCCCAAGUCCAAGGACCCUUUUUUCUAGAAUGCUAGAUGAAGAUAAUGUAACAAGAUCGAUCUCAGAACACCCUGGAAGUGGUAGAACUGAGGAUCCAUUUCUGGGGGCUCACGCACGUAGUGAAGCAGGGAAAGGAGACAUGAAAGAUGGGACGCAUGAUGGUGAUUCUGGUGCCCAAUUGAGCGACAUGAAUUUUCAGACCGAGCAGAAAUCGAGUUCUCGGGGUGGUCUUGUUGAAAGGAUGGCUGCUAGAGCCGGGUUUAAUGCUCCAAGGUUGAAUACCGAAAGCAUUAGAUCUACUGAUCUUUCGCUUAAUUCAGACAUUCAGUCUCCUUACUUAACCAUACCCCCUGGUCUCAGUCCUACUACACUUUUAGAUUCUCCGGUGUUCCUUGCAAAUUCACUGGCACAGCCAUCUCCAACAACUGGAAAAUUCCUGUUCAUGCCCAAUGGCAACAUGCGGAACUCAGAGUUAUCAUCUGAUGCUCCAGAAAAAUGUAAAGAUAACAGCUUUGAUGAUAUCUACGCAUCAUCCUUUGCUUUCAAGCCUGCAACAGAUUCAGGCUCUUCUUUUUAUCAUGGCCCUGGAAAGAAAAUAAAUCCAGCUACACUUCAUCAACAAUCCCUUCCUGGUAUUGAGGUUUCAGCUCAGUCAGAAAAUUCUUUUCAAUCUCAAAGUGUUGAUGCUGUCAAAGUUCAAACUGAGAACAAAAGUGGCCUCCAUCUUCAGGCUGACUUUGUCGAAUCACCACCUCAAAAAGAUAAUGGAAUUAAAAUGUUCUCAGCUGAGCAAAGGGCUUUUGACACAGUUGGUGGUAACAUUGAACAUUCCACACCACUUGAAGAGCAAGCAGAUGAAGAAGGAGAUCAAAGAGGCAAUGGAGACGCAAUGGCUGGUGGUAUUGGCGGUGCACCAUCUGAAGAUGGAUAUAACUGGAGAAAAUAUGGCCAAAAGCAAGUUAAGGGUAGUGAGUACCCACGGAGUUACUACAAGUGUACACAUCCACAUUGUCAGGUUAAGAAGAAAGUAGAACGAUCUCAUGAGGGCCACAUAACAGAGAUCAUUUACAAGGGAGCUCACAGCCAUCCUAAACCUCCUCCAAAUCGUCGGUCAGGCAUAGGUUCAGUUAACCUUCAUAGUGACAUGCAAGUGGACAAUCCUGAAUAUGUUGAACCACAGAGUGGUGAGGAUGGUGACCUGGGCUGGGCCAAUGUACAAAAGGGAAACAUAGCUGGGGCUGCUAAUUGGAAGCAUGACAACCUUGAAGCAACAUCAUCAGCAUCUGUUGGUCCUGAAUACUACAACCAGUCCACCAAUUUGCAGACUCAAAAUGGUGCUCACUUUGAUUCGGGAGAGGCAGUGGAUGGCUCAUCUACUUUUUCUAAUGAAGAAGAUGAAGACGAUCAAGGCACUCAUGGUAGUGUAUCAUUAGGAUAUGAUGGGGAAGGUGAUGAAUCAGAGUCUAAGAGAAGGAAACUGGAAUCAUAUGCAACAGAGUUGAGUGGAGCUACUAGGGCUAUUCGUGAGCCUAGAGUUGUUGUACAGACUACUAGCGAAGUAGAUAUCCUUGAUGAUGGUUACCGGUGGCGGAAAUAUGGACAGAAAGUUGUCAAAGGAAAUCCCAACCCAAGGAGUUACUACAAGUGCACAAAUGCAGGCUGCACAGUAAGGAAGCACGUGGAGAGAGCUUCACAUGACCUUAAAUCUGUGAUCACUACUUAUGAGGGAAAACACAACCAUGAUGUUCCUGCUGCUCGUGCUAGCAGUCACGUCAAUGCCAACGCCUCUAAUGCCAUUUCUGGCCAAGCUUCAGGAGUUCUUCAGACCCAUGUUCAUAGACCUGAACCAUCACAAGUUCACAAUGGCAUGGGAAGGCUGGAGAGGCCUUCCCUUGGCUCAUUCAACCUACCUGGAAGGCAGCAGCUUGGACCUUCCCACGGCUUCUCCUUUGGUAUGAACCAACAGAUGCUGUCGAAUCUGGCAAUGUCAGGGUUGGGCCCUGCGCAAGCAAAGCUUCCUGUCUUGCCUGUUCAUCCAUUCUUGGCGCAACAGCGCCCCGCAAAUGAUUUAAGUUUCAUGUUACCAAAGGGAGAACCAAAUGUGGAGCCUAUUCCUGAACGUGGCCUUAACCUGCCCAGUGGCUCAUCAGUAUAUCAGGAAAUCAUGAGCCGCAUGCCUCUUGGACCUCAUAUGUAAAAUUAUAUUAUUCCCUUAUUCUUUAAAAAAAAAAAACUAAUGUAUACAUUUUAUUAUAUACAUAUAUACAUAUGUGAUGCCUAGGCAUACAUAGGUGGGCUUCUCCAGUCAUUGUAAUGUAUGACAUUCUUAAUCACAUGUCAAAGGUGUAUGUAGUUUGUUCUGCUGUUUUAUUGCAUUCAAGGCAUCCAUGUAGCACAACAUUAAUCAACUGCAUGAGGAAUCAGUGGCUAUGAUAGAUUGUGUUUUAAUUAUGAAUUAUUCAUCAUAGAAAUUUUGCUAUAUUAGAUUCAACAUUGAUCAAGU